AUGGGGGUUUUGGCUCAUGUAGACUCCGAAAAUUUUGAUUGCUCCACUCACCUCAAGUACUUGACAAGUCGUGUGGUGAUGAAAUACAGAGGAGGUUCUGUUAAAACAACUGCAUGUCUCACAUUUUUGUUUUUGUUUCUUCUUGUCACUCUUUCAACAUUGAGAAAUUCCACAAAACAUCCAGAUGGGAGCCCAGCUAGUUCAGACUCCACUGGUUCACAGAAACAGCGGGCAUCCGUAAUAUAUGAAAUUACGGACGUCCGCACCGUGUCCGGACACAUUGAGGCAAUCACAUGCAACAGCUCUAAUCUCGACUACGAUUUGUGCACCAUUGGUUCCCAGACGCUUUUGGAUCCAACCACUGCUACUUUCUUUGCAGUGGGCUCCACCAGCUCAGCUCUCGUGAAAACCCGUCCCUACCCUCGUAAAAGGGACAAACGUGCUCUAUCCGACGUCAGAGAAAUCACGCUCUCCUCAUCUCCACCGGAUUCUACGUGCGGAGUCACACAUGCUAGUCCAGCUUUAGUAUUCAGUACGGGCGGGUACACGGGAAACUUCUUCCAUGAUUUCAACGACGGCCUCAUUCCCCUCUUCAUCACCGUCAACUCUCUAUUCCCCGACCACGAUGUCGUCCUCGUGAUUUCCGAUUUCGAAGACUGGUGGGCCCAAAAGUACAAGGAUCUGCUCCCACACUUCACUCGCCACCGCAUCGUCAACAUGGAGCGUGAGAUCUCCAACCACUGUUUCCCAUCCGCGAUCGUAGGGCUGAUAAAGCACGGGCACAUGAAAAUGGACCCACCUAAAACACUGGUUGACUUCUCUGCCUUCCUAGAACAAGUAUACAAGCCAGUUGACUCAACGUUGACCCAGAAAGUCAAAUCCACAAGACCACGACUUGUCUUGGUCAACCGAAGAGGUGAUGUUGGUCGUCUGAUCUUAAACUUAGAACAAGUAAAAAACGCAGCCAUGGAUGUGGGAUUUGAAGUUCUUACAUUCGAGCCAAACAGAGAGAAUUCACUAGCAGAGUCAUUUAGGCUAAUCCAUGGAAGCCAUGCAAUGAUGGGUGUUCAUGGUGCUGGACUGACCCAUCUGUUGUUCCUUAGACCAGGCUCAGUGUUGUUGCAGGUGGUGCCGAUCUCGACAGACUGGCUGUCUCAGACUUAUUUUGAAGAUCCAGCGAGGGAGAUAGGACUGGAAUACAUUAACUAUAAGAUUACAGCAAAUGAGAGUAGUUUGUCCAAGAUUUAUGGACCCGAUGACUUGGUGGUGAAGGACCCAGAAGCUUAUACAAGGGGAGAUUUUAGUAAGAUGAAGAUAUACUUGAAGACCCAGAAUGUUGAAAUUGAUUUGGUUAGAUUUCAGAGAUACUUAGAGGAGGCUUAUGGAAAGGCCAAGAUAUUGUUUGACAAGGAAGGUUAG